AUGGACUUUGGUGAAGGGCCAGAGCUCUCUGCUGUGGUGGCUGAGGAGGUCCCGCCUCUCGCGUUUCCUUCUAUCGGCUGCCUCCAGCUCCGCCGCAUUCUCGACAUUCCCUUUGCCUUCCCCUCUCCUGUUGGCCCUGCCAAGGAGUGGCAGCAGCAGCAGCAGCAGCAGCCCUACAGCGCUGCGAGGAGCGACGGCGACGAGCCAGCAGCAGCAGCAGCAGCAGCGGCAGCAGGCGACGCGUCCAGCGCCUCGGAGGCCCCGCAGCCGCGGCUGCCGCCCCAAGAGCAAGGCGGUUCUUUGUUGUCUGGGCUGCUGCGGCGGCUGAGGAGGCAGCCGCAGGGAGAGCAGCAGCAGCAGCAGCAGCAGCAGCAGGGCGGUCUGGUCCAGCUGGAGCGGCUGGGCUUCGAGCUGCCCAUCUGCGGAGUGCCCGCAGCAGCACAAGUCUGCGGGCGCUGGGGCCUUGCUGGGCGGCUGCAGACAGAGAGAGGCAGCAGCAGCAUUUCUGUGGUUUCUUGGGAGGGCCGGCAGAUAUUCUUUUGGCUGCUGUGGCCCGGCUCUGCUGCUGCUGCUGCAGCAGCAGCAGCAGGGGACGCGGCUCCUGCAGAAGCAGCAGCAGCAGCAGACGCAGCAGCUGCGCUGUUCGUGAUCACCGCAGAUGAGGCAGUGCUGUCCUGCAGUUUGGUGCAGCGCUUUUCAGUUUUGGCUGUCACCUACAAGACAACUCCGCCGCGGACUGAGCUUCUGCUGCUGCCUCCGCUGAAGGCCCUCGCUGCUGCUGGCAGCCGCAGCAGCAGCAGCAGCAGGAGGGCGCAGCUCACGCCGCAGCCGCUGGUGCCGCUGCGGCGCCUGCUGCUGCCCAGAGAAGAUGUCGUGCUGCAGUGGGUUGGGGACUGCCCCUGGGGCGUUCUGUUUCUUUGCUUCUGUUUGCAAACCAAGUACUGCGCCCUUUUGCUGCUGCACUCCGAGGCCAUCCUUGCGCAGCAGCAGCAGGCCCUCGAGCAGCAGCAGCAGCAGCAGCAGGAAGGCGGCUCCGGCGAGCACGACUCAGCAGCAGCAGCAGCAGCAGCAGCGCUGCCGGCCUGCUUGCCUGCUGCUGCUGUGCAGCUGCCGGCCGGGGCCUUUGCUUCGGCGUGGCUGCCCGCAGUUCCCUUCCCGCCCGCUGCGGUGUCUGUACACCCCAGCCUCCCCGUUGCUGUUGUUGUGGGGUUUAGUGCAGCAGAAAAAACGGCCUGGACCAGCUGGGUCCCUUUGCAGGGAAUGGCUGGCGAGCUGGAGGCUGAGGGCGACAGCGAGGACUCCGACGCCGACGAAGCAGCAGCAGCAGCAGCGGGGGCUCCCUGCAGCAGCAGCAGCAGCAGCAGCAGCAGCAGCGAGCAGCAGCUCCAGUGGUCACGCGGACCCCAGCCAGUCGUCGCGGUGCUGCCCUCGCUGGACCUUCUGCGGUCCCUCGCAGCAAGACAGGCCUUGCAGGCCAUGGACGCGCAUCUGCAGCAGCAGCAGCAGCAGCGGCAGCAGCAGGAUGCAAGCUUAGCGCCUUGGUCCAGCGCGGACUGCCCAGAGUCUUUCUACAGGCCUGUCUUUCUGAGGCCAAGUGAAUUAAAAGAAGAAGCAGAAAGAUGGGUUGCUGCUGCAGAGGGGCAGACGCAGAUGUUCAGAGAAAGAGGUGCAGCAGCAGCAGCAGCAGCAUCAGCAGCGGGGGCAGGCAACGCGAAAGCGACGGAAACGCAGCAGCAGCAGCGGCAAAACGAAGCCGCAGCAGCAGCAAAAGAGAGACGAGAACUGCUGCUUGCGCAGCUGCAGUACCACCUUGGUAUGUCUCAGAAAGACGAAAGGAAGCAGCAGCAGCAGCAGCAGCAGCAGCUGCAGCUGCAGCACGUUGCAAUCAGCUCUUGCGGCGGCAUUCUUGCAUUGUCUUUCUCCUCUGACGAGCUGCUGCUGCUUCGCGUGACCCACGAUGCACAACCAGCAAGCAGCAGCAGCAGCAACAGCAGCAGCAGCAGGGGGCCUGCGUACUAUGAGCCCCUAGCUUUCCUUCCUGCCCCUUUUGUGCGGCAUCUUCGGUCUCGCGCUGUAAUGAGCCCUUGGCAGCAGCAGCAGCAGCAUUCUACUUCUGCUGCUGUGUCUCAGCAGCAGCAAAACAGCGAGGUAGCAACACAGACCCGCAACCGCAGACAUCCUUUGGAACAGCAGCAGCAGCAGCAGCAGCAGCAGCAGGCGGAGGAGGAGGAGCGAGCGUGGCUGGAGGAAGAGGUGGCGCUGCUGCAGCUGCAAAAGUCUUCUCCGGAUUUGCCUCUUUCAGCAGCAUUUUUUGCUGGAGAAGCAAAUGAGCUGCUGGUGCUGCUGUUCGGCCGCCGCGAGCCUCUUGACGCGCAGCAAGACCAAGAGCAGCAGCAGCAGCAGCAGCAGCAGCAGCAAAGUGGCGCCGCAGCAGCUGCAGCAGCAGCUGACAGGGCGAGCCCGAGGGCUGCUGGCCCUGGAGGACUGCUGUGUGUGGCAUUUGACUUGGACAGGAACUGUUUGCUGCUAUCGCCGCAGCAGCAGGAGAAACCGGAGGCCUCGAAGCUCACGCUGGCCAGCAGCAGCAGAAGCAGCAGCAGCAGCAGCUUGUGGUGGGCAGCGUUUGACGGGUCAAAGGGUCCGCCCACGUUUCCGCUCGCUGUGCUGCACCCUUUGGAAGCAGCAAAGCCACCGGCAGCAGCUGCUGCAAGCUCUCAGCAGCAAGAGGAGCAGACGCUGCUGCUGGUAACGGUGGAGGCGGCGGACCCCCACAGCAGCAGCAGCAGCAGCAGCAAGAAGCAACAGCAGCGGGAAAAGUUCCGCCUGUGUCUGACUUCUUUGCUGUGCGCCGAUGUAGCCUGCUUUGCUGCUGCUGCUGCUGGCUGCGGGCGCUGGGGAGAAGCUGAGGCGCUGCUGCAGCAGUCGCUUUCUAUAGCGCGCCGCGCCCACGAGGACGCAGCAGCAGCAGCAGCAGCAGGGGGGUCGGAUGUGGUGCUGCUGCGGUCGCAAGAGGAAGUAGAAAGGCUAGAGGAAGCUCUAGGGCAGCUGCAGCAGCAGAGGUGGCAGCAGCGAGGCAGGGACCCUGCUGCUCCUGCUGAGGAUUUCCAGGCCGUCUUCCGCUGUGCUGCAGCAGCAGAAAGAGCCGCGGGGGGGAGCUCAGACUGGCUGCUGCAGCAGGCGCUGCAGUAUGAACCCUUUGCACAGGCAGCAGCAAAUUCAGAAGCACCAGCAGCAGAUGCUGCAGCAGUUGAAGCAGGAGCCUGGACGCCUCAUCCCAUUCCGUUGCGCCGCCUCCGCCUGCUGCUGCAGCGAGCGCAGCAGCAGCAGCAGCAGCAGCAGCGGGCGGAGAGCGACGCAGGCUCCGCGCAGGCUGCUGCUGCUGCUGAGCGGCUGCGGCGCUGCGAGGUGUUGCUGGCCCUGUCGGAAGCAGCAGGAAGGCUUCUUGGCCUUCAGAGCUUUCCGUGCGAAGCGCCUGUGGCAGCAGCAGAAGCAACAGCAGCAGCAGCAGGGUCGUCUUCUCGCGCCGAAGGCAACUGCCCACUGUCGCUGAAGCAGCAACAACAGCAGCAGCAACAGCGACAACAAGAGCAACGGGAAUCUCUCGAGGGGGAUGCAGCAAUAUCGAGGGAAGUCAACAUGCUGCUGCUGCAGCAGCUGCAGCAGGCGUUAGACGUGCUUUUGAGGAGUCCAUCUGCUGCUGAUGCUGCUGGGGAAGUUUCCUUCGUGCUGCAGUUAGCCCGCAUUUUUGCUGCUCAUGGCCAGACUCUUGCUGUGGAGCUGCUGCUGCAGCAGCACCCCGAGCUGCAGGCCUUCUGGCCCUCCGUCCUCAGCGCGCUGCCAGACUCUCUGCUGCCGCAUCAAAUGAUUCAUUUGCUGCCGCGCCUGCGGGACACUGCAGUGAGCAGCAGCAGCAGCAGCAGCAGCAGCAGGUUCGAAGCAACUGCUGCAGAAAUAGCUGCGUGGGCGUGCGAGCGCUGCUUAGUGAUAAUGAGGGGUCUGGGUUUGCUGCAGCUUUGUGCCUUGCCUCUUGCCACAGCUGUUCUGUUGCAGCUGCUGCAGCAGCCGCUCCCUGCUGCCUUCGCCACAGCUGCUGCUGCUGCAAGGGAGCAGCAGCAACAGGCAAAGGACGCCCUCGCCCGGUCGCGGCUAGACCAGCUGCAACUGCAGCAGCUCCAUCGCCAACAGCAGCUGCUUCUGGAGCAGCAGAAGCAGCAGCAACAGCUGGCUGCUGCUGCUGCUGCUGGGGCCAGCCUUUCUGCUGCAGUGGUGGCGGCUGGGCACAGAACGCGAAUUUCUCACCCAGCAGCAGCAGCAGCAACAGCAGCACCGCAGCAGCCCACCAGCCCGUCCCCAGCAGCAGCGACAGCGGCUCCUCCCGCCUUCUCCGCAGCAGCAGUAGAGCCGAAAGUAAAUGGACCAGAGGCUCCUUGGGGUCUGAAUCACAACUUGCUGCGGGAACUGCAGCAGCAGUUGCAGCAGCAGCAGCAACAGCAAACUUUAAACGGGCUGCGAGUCAGGGAGGUCCGCCGCCUGCUUGCAGUGCACGGCCUGCUGCGUCAGUUCUUGUUGCUGGAGCUGCUGCAGCUGCGCUGCCGCGAGCUGCAGCAGCAGCAGGAGCUGCCUGCUGCUAUCAGCCCCUCCAUGAUCCUGCGGAGGCCAGCAGCAGCAAGGCAAAGGCAGCAGCAGCAGCAGCAGAAGCUCGCACUGCUUGAGAAGGCUACAGAGGACUUCUUUAGCUUUGUGCGGCUACCUGACAGCUGGCGACUGCUGUUGCUGCUGCUGCACCUCGUCGCUGCGCAGCAGCAACUGCAGGAGCCCGAUUCAGCAGCAGCACUAUCAGUAGCAGACACUACCGCAGAGACUGUCUACUCGGGCGGCAGCAGCAACUGCAGCAGCAGCAGCAGAAGAUUCACCGUGGCAGCCACAGCCGUCGCCGCUCUUGUGGAGCCAUUUGCUGCUCUCGAGUGCUUUACUUUCUCUUCGAAAGACCAGCCACCUGCUGCUGCUGCUGCGGCUACCUGUGCGUCCCCGUCCGCAGAAGCAGCAGCAGCAGCACAUGAGAAGGAGGAGCUGGCGGCGCUGCUGGUUUCUCUGGAUUGCUGCUUCAGAGAGGGUUUGCUGCGGGAGUUGUGUCUGUGUCUUAUCGUGGCUGCAGCAGACCCAGUUGCUGCUGCAGCGGCUGUUCAGGCUUCACGCUGUUCUGCUGCUGCUGCAGUGCAAGCAGCAGCAGCAGCACCAGCAGCAGCAAAUAUCAAGGCGGAGCUGCUUCGCAGCCCUCAGCCCAGCACCGAAGCAAGCGCCUUGCGGCUGCUGCCGUGGGCGCUGCUGCUGUUUGCUGCUAAGUGCAGCAGCACUGAGCUACCUGCUGGCUCUCGCCUGCUUCCUAGCCCACAGCUGCUGCUGCGGCUGACGCUUGCUGCUGCCUACAGGAAGAAUGCAGCUCUUCCUGCUGCUGCUAUAGGUGACUAUGUGAAAGAAAUCUUGCUUGAGGCGUUGGAGCAGCAGAAGCAGCAGAGGCGGCAGCAGCACGAGCUGCUGGAGGCCCCUUGGACGGCUUGCCUCCCAGAGGCGGCAGCAGCAGCAGCUGCAGCAGCAGCAGCUGCUGCUGCUGCAGCUGCAGCGGGCGUUUCUCUGCCGCCUGAGGAGCAGCUGCAGAGCGACGUGGCGCUGCUGCUGCACCGAAUCGAAGCUGCAGCAGCAGCGCAGCAGCUCGUGAAGGGCUGGGGCAAAGGCCCUGCAGCAGGAGCAACUUUGCUGGACUUGCAAGCAGCAGCUGUGAGCGAGGAAGCAGCGAAGCGUCUGCUGCUGCCGCUGCUGCAGCACGCGGUGUGGCAGCAGCAGCGCGCGUGCAGCCGGGACAGCAGCAGAGUCGCAGCAAAUUGGGACAAAGCUGCUGCCGAAUGGACCAGCCUGUUCUCUGCUGCAGUGUACGUACACCGCAAACUUGCCGUUGCGCUGCAGCUUUCUGCUUUCUUUCGCCUCCUUGCAGCUUUGCUGUCUUCGCUGCCGCCGCUACAGACGGCAGACGCGCAGCAGCAGCAGCAGCACCCGCUGCUGCUGCUGCUGCCGCUCUGGAAGGAAGCUGCGCUGCUCUCUGGAGAUACUGCCACCGCUGAGUUCGCCAGCAGCAGCUGCUUCUUGCUGCUGCAGACGGCGCAGGCGCUGAUGGACAAAGCAGCACACCGUGUGGGGCCCCACGUGGCUCUUGCUGCUGCUGCACUGGAGCAGGCAGCAGCAGCUGCUGACGCUGCCUUGCUCGCUCUUCAAGAGCAACAGCAACAGCAGCAGCAACAGCAGCAGCAACAGCAGCAGCAGCGCCAGCUGCAGCACAUAAGGACGGAAAUCAAGAAUGAACUAGCGCUUCAUUCAAUUGCAGUUCUGCUGUACGAAAUUUUGCAGCUGCAGCAGUACCAACAAAGGGCUAACCUCUCGGCGCUGAGUGCGGCGUCUGCUGCUGCUGCCUCCGCUGCAGCAGCAGCAGCAGCAGCAGCAGAGGCAGCUAUCAGCCGCGCGAGAGGUGCUGCUCUCAAUGUGCUGCUGUCAAGCGGCGACAGCGACCGCGAAGACCAAGUCAGUGGGGAGUCAGACUGCGCGCUAUCUCACCCAGCAGCAGCAGCAGCAGCGCAGCAAACAGCACCAACAGCAGCAGCAGCAGCAGCAACGGCUGCGGCGGAAGCCGCUUCUGCCAUACGGCAGCUGUCGCAGCCCUCCGUGCUGCGGCAGCAGCUGCGAACCCCACAGGGCAGGAAGCAGCUGCUUUGCACGCUGCUGCAGAAGCAGCCGCUGCUGGCGCUGCAGCAGCACGAUAAGAUGCAGCAGCUGGGAAAGCUGCUGGCUUUAGAGCCUCAAGAGCAGCAGCAGCUCAUAGACACUGCAAGGGGCUUUGCCUACAGAGCCCUUGGCGAGCGGCGAGAAGCAACCACUGUUGCUGCAACGCUGCUGGCUGCAGAGCUCAAACAAAGCACUGCAGCAGCAGCAGCAGCAGCAACACGAGCUGCAGGUGGAAGAGAAGAGGGCAGGAAACGGGAAAGUGCUGGAGACAGAGACGAUGCUGCCAACAAACGGCUGCGGGCAGCAGCAGACACACCAGGAGAGGCAGCAACAGAUGCUGCUGCCAAGAGGAUAGCAGCAGCAGCAACAGCAGCAGCAGCAGCAGCAAGCGAACUUCAGGAGAGUACACGGCGGCCUCUGCUGGCUUCCUUAGGGGAAGGAGUCGCAACAGAUUUGGUGCAGCAGCAGGCCCCACGCCUCGCCAGCCGAAUACUUGCUGCUGCUGUCUGCAGUGCAGCAGCAGAGCAGCUGCCUCAGCUCCUCCGCUCUGCUGCUGCUGCUCGAGCUGCGUGCGCUGCGGCAGCUACUGCUGCUGUUGCUGAUGGCAGCACACAGCAGCAAAGCCAGAGGCAGCCAACAGCAGGCUGGGAGCCUCAAACGGCAGCAGACUUGCUGUGGACUGCAGCAGCAGGAGAGACAGCAGGAGCAGCAGCACGAGCAGCAGCAGCAACUCCGGAUGCUGUGCUGUCUGCAGCACUGUGUCCGUCUCAGGCGUCCGCUUUCUGGCUGCCGACCCAGCGACACUGCCCCUUUACGAGCAGCAGCAGCAGCAGCAGCAGCAGCAUCGGGACGCUGCAGUACCGAACGGCCCGCUCUAUUUUACAGCUUUUAGGCUCUGAGGAGCCCGGGGAAGCCGCAGCAGCAGCAGCAACAAAAGCAGCAGCAGGUGCUUCUCGAGGGCCUCCUUCCUUUUUGUUUGUUUCUGCUUUUGAAGCAGCAGGAGACGCUGUAGCGUCUGCAGCUGCUAGCGCGAAGCUUCUCUAUGGUGCUGCUGUUGCAGCAGAGGCUGCUGCGGCUCCUCAAACGCAGCAGCAGAAGCAGCAGCAGCAUCACGGCGUGACUGCCUCUCUGGACGCACAGGAAGCAGCACGCGUCAAGUCUGUUGCAGCAGCCUUGCGGGAGUGGGCAGUGCUGCGAGAAGUGGAGGAGGGCAGCAGCAAAGGAGAUUUGAUUGCUGCUGCUUUUUCGCCUUCUCUGGGGGCCCCCAAAGCCCUUUUGCUGCAGCCACAAAGCUGGGCAUUAGCAGCAGCAGCACCGGCCACGCGGGGCGAGUGGGCGCUGAUGCUGCAGCGGGACUUGGGGGUGGCUGUGCUGCUGCUGGCGGCGGUGGGGGCAGCAGCAGCAGCGCCGGUGCCUGCUGCUGCUGCUGCAUCAGUUGCUGCUGCUGCUGCAGCUGCUACAGAGAAGGCUGAAGAUGGGCUGCUGCUGGCCCCGUGCUUCCCCGGUUUGUGCGCGCAGCUGCUGCAGGCAGCGGACUUGACAGCAGCAGACCUCUGUUUAGUCCUGCAGCACCUGCUGCUGCUGGAGGUGCUGCCUCUCUUGCUGCUGUCAGCCCCGCAGAGUUCGCCCCUCGACCGACUGGCGACAGCGCUGCUGCUGCUGCUGAGGUUCCUCAGGAGAGUGCCGCAGCAGCAAGCUGCCAGCAGCAGCAGCAGCAGCAGCCAGCCGGUGCUGCUCGGGUCCCGCCUUGUGGGAGACAGUGUGUACAGAAGAGAAGUGCUGCUGCAGAUUGGUGCUGCUGACUCCUCUUUGAUUGACGCUGCAGCAGCAGCAAUGGCUGCUGCUGAGCCUCUCAACGAGCUGCUAAGGACUCUGCCGCCUCUGCAGCCCAAAAAGGGGCUGCUGUCGCGCUGCAGCAGCACAACUGUUUCUCCUAUGUCUGCUGCGCCUCCUGGAGACGCGCAGCAGCAGCAACAGCGGACACACAAGGGGCAGCAGCAGAAGCAGCAGCAGACGCAGCAGCAGAAACAGCAGCAGCAGCCCGCGGUGGAAACAGGCGAAGAUCCACAGCAGGCCACUCCGUGUCAUUUGGACCCCCAAACCUUCAUAGACGAAAACAAAGGGACUUCAGCCAACACAAAGCAUCCUACUCAGCAGCAGCAGCAACAGCAGCAGCAGCAGCAGCAGCAGCAGGAGCAAAGGCUGUCCCAGCUUGCUGCUGCGGCGUCGCUGGAAGAGACAGCGGCGGGAAGCAGCUGCCCAGAAGAGCCGCAGCUGGUCCGUAUUCAGAAGCAGCAGAAACAGCAGCAGCAGCAGCAGCAGCACCUUCUUUUGGGAGAAGAGGGGCUGGCGGGGGAAGGCCUCAGCCUGCGGCUAGAGCAUGCGAAGCAAGUACUGCUGCUGAGCUCUGCCCCGCUGAGUGCAGCAGUUGCUGCUGAUGUUUCCGCUUCAGUCUCGCUCCUGCUGCGCGCAGCCCCAGCGCCCUUCGGGCUGCUGCUUGUGGACUCUCUUGCUGCUUUGCUGCAGUCCAACUGCCCCGGAGAGCCUUCUCUCUUCCACCCUGCUGUUGUGCUGCAGCUGUGUCGCCUCACAGCUCAAGGGCAGAGCGAGCCCGUUACUGCUGCUGCUGCUGCUGCUGCUGCAGCGAGAGCAGCGGGAGCCGCCGCCGACGCCGCAGCAGCAGCAGCAGUGGCCGCAGCAACGCGGCACAGCCACUCCCUGGCCAGCCCCCCUCUUCCUUGCUGCAGACUUUCCUUUAAUGAGUUUCAAAAAAGAAUCCUUUUAGUGAGAAACCUCUUCGCCUGCUGCGUUGCUUCUCUCCAGUGCGAACCGGCCUCCCUGGUGCUGCCUGCUGUCCGCCGCGCUGUCCGCGCAGCAGCAGAGUCCGCAGCGGCGGCGGCAGCCCCGGCAGCAGCAGCCCCAGCAGCAGCAGCAGCAGCAGGAGCAGCGGCAGCAGCAGCAGAAGGUGGCUUCACGGAGGAACAGAUGCUUUGUGUUGCUCGUCUAAUUGCAUAUACAGGGGGCCUGGGUGCGCUAGGGGAUGAAGAAACAAUCGGGGCUUUGCACUGCUGCAUGCCUUCGCUGAAUGUUGCAGCUUUGCUGCUGCCUCCUCCUGCUUUGUUCUCCGACGCGCACAAGGAACAGCAGCAGCAGCAGGAGCUGCUGCUGCAGCAAGGCCCCUCGACAGACACAGAACAAAGGGAAAGCGACGGAGCUGUGGCCCCCGCGGCUUCCACGACAGGCGACCCGUUUGCUGCGAGUUUUGCUGCUGCUGCUGACAGCAGCAGCAUCGGGCUCGCGCUGGCCCUGCGGCAGCGCGUGGAGAGUCUGAGGCGGCGCACUUCAGCUUAUCUUUGCUGCAUUUCAGUUUUGGAAAAAGAAUUGAAGAGAACGAAAGUACUGACAGACUCUGCUGCGCUGGAUGUGCUGGAGGAGUGGGAGGUGCAGCUCGCAGCCAGCCAGAAGCAGCGAGGAUCCCAAGAAUCCACGCUAAAUGGCGAAUUAAAAAGCAAAGAAGCACUAAAUACAGAAGUUCUGGGUAAAGAAACUCAAGUUCAGGACACGCAGCACGGCUCUACGCAGCCGGCAGCCCAGUCGGCUUCCCGGAGCAGCACAGAAGCAGCAGCAGCAAAUGACACUGUCUCGCUGCUGCUGCAGCACGUGCCCACGAAGGAGUGGGAGCAGCUCCUCGAGCGCUUCAGGCCCCUGGGGGCCUCAAUUCAACUUCUUCUUGUGCUGCGCAUGCGGCAUCAGCUGCAGGAGCAGCAGCAGCAGCAGCAGCAGCGGGCCUGUGAAGCGGCCGACGCAGCGGGUCUCAGCGAGAACCGUGAAGCUGCGCAGAGGCUGCAGGGCCUGCUGCAGCAGCUUGCUGCCAUUCUGCCCUUUGCAGCUUCCUGGGAGCAGCGCCUUGCCACUCCCUGUUCAAUCUUUUCGCCCGGACGGCCUUUGGCGGAGGCCGCAGCGGAGCUGCUGACGACAGCAGAGGCUUCAGCUUACGAGGCCUUCAGCGGCGCCUUCUGGAGGCUCGCUUGCCGGCACGUGCUGUCGCGCCCGCGGGAAGCAGCAGAUCCACCAGCAGCAGCAGCAGCAGGAGCAGCAGCAGCAGGAGCUUCUGCUGGGCGUGCCGCUGUCCUGCAGGACUUGGCGUCGCUGCUUUCCGAGGGCUUUCUGACAUGGCUGCGCCGGAGUCUCUCCGCUGCUGCUUCUCAGGAGGAGCAGCAAAGCAGCAGCCCUGCGGCAGAGCCGCGUGGCGGGGUCGCAGAGAAAGCCCUGGAGAAGCUGCUGCAGCGAGUUGGCUGUGUGCCCCUCAAAAGCCCCUGCGAGACCUUCGCUUUUACGUUUUACGUGCUGCAGCAAAUCACCAGAAGCUUGGUGGCUUCUGAAGACCAGCGCUGCUGCGGCCUUUCGAAAGGGCCACAGGAAGCUGUGGGAAACAUCGGACUCUUGCGAGUUCUACUGCAGCAAACUUCGGCGCUGCGCAGCAAUCUCGAGAUUCUUGAAGCAGCAGAGCGGAAGGCCAUGGAGGCUCUCGCAGCAGACAGCGUCGAUAGCCUAACUGCCCUUCUGGAGGUGCAGCAAAGGAGCCUCGGGAAGCUGCUGGUCCAGGCGAUGUUCCCCAGUGAAUUCGAAGGGCCAAUGUGCAAAAAUGUUCUUUACAACUGCAGGAGUGACUCAGUGGCGAAGAUCGGAGAAGAUCGAAGCACUGAGUUCAUCUUCGCAGUGGUCAGACAGCUUGCAAAUCCGGAGAAGCCCUUCACGGCUGCCAGCGUGUCAGUACGCAUGCGGUGCGCUGCUCUUCUUUUGUGGCGCAGCAGCAGCCCGAAGCAGAAGCAAAGUGCUUCGGGAGGCGGCCAGUCGGGGCUCUGGAGCCCCGCGUGGACCAGCACUAUUCUGCAGCUGCCUCGGGAAGCACGAGCAACCCCGCUUUCCCAGUCUAAGCAGUGGUCUACGGAGGAACAAGAAGCGUGGCACGCAUUAGUCGGUGCUGCUGGCAGCGCCGAGGAGUUCAUAAUCCUUCGGCUGCUCGCGGGGCAGCAUGUUGCUGACGAUGCUCACUUACUGUGGAAAGGCCACUCCUCACCUUGCAUCCUGCUCAUGACAGGAGAUCCCAAGCUUCAUCAGGAAGCUGUCCACAGCCUUUUAGAAGCACUAGAAAAUGGCGAGGUGUGCAGCAGGCAAGGCAUCUGUAGUGUUUCCGGUCUCCGUGAAUUGCAACAGCUGUUUUCAGAUGCAGCUGUAUCUAACGGCGGCCCAGUUUUCCCUGACGUGCUCCAGCUCGCACACGCGUUUGCAAUUGCAAGCCUGCUGCUGCUGACUGGAAAUGCCUAUUGUUUUGCCGCCACUUCGUAUUUCCCGUUUAUUCUGGAGCUUUUAGAGGAAGACAUGUGGGAGGAUGACCCUUGUCGCGAGUUCCACGUAAACUGCUUGACAAGCCAUGAACGCUCCGUUUCGGACGAAUAUACGUCCACUCGUUGGCUUAAGCACUUUCAGUGCUUCUUACUUAAGUGGUGGUCUCGAGGUGCAGCGGCGUUUAACGCUAAUUCUGAACAUAAAAGCAAUCUCAAAGAUUCUCUAAAGGAGAACGAAGUAUUCAUGCUUCAGGUCAUGGCGUACCUCUCACCGUUCGUGAGAUCCUUAAGGAAACGACUGCAACAAAGUCUCGUACUCCAACUAUGCUUCAAUGGCAAUUUGAACAAAGCGAUGAUUCUCGCCAGAAGAUUCCGUGACACUAUACUGCCGCCAAAGGGAGUUCAAAAGCAAAUAGAGAUUGUACAAUAUUUAUCGUUCAUGAACAGGUGUUCGCUGAGUGGAUCAUCCAACUCUAAAGCAGGGAAUGGCCCGCCCCUUGGAAUUAUCAACGAAGCCGACGACUUCUUGACCGCCAUGCCAUCACCUACCACAGGCGGCAUCGACUGCGAUGCAGCAACAGCUUUCUAUGUGCUGCAUUGCACAUUUAACCUGACUCCAUUCAAUAUGGAAACUAUGCAACUAAGGUCGGCUAUUGGAAACAGGAGUAAACCAUGGCAGUUCUACAUUGCCCAGUGGCUGGCUGCUUAG